UAUAUGGUUUAAUGGCACAGAUUUGAAGGAAACUCUGGCCUAAUUUACUGGAAUUCAUCCAACAGUGAGUUUACAAUGCAUUGAACAAGCAUUCGUGCCUGCAUUUCUGUCCUAACAUUUACAAUUUUGGGAUUAAUUACCUUCACCUUCUCCACAGACAGAAAAUGGGUGUUCUCUAUAUGCGCACACUCUUCGUAGCUGUAAUAGCACUGAUCUUUAUAACCACAUAUGAUGCGAUCAAGCCCACCCAGAGGCCAAAGUAUCAGUACACCAAGAAGCCCCCACGAGAGAUGGUGCAGACUACUGUUUAUGUAGGCAAGCCUACUGUCACGGCACGGAUUGUGGACUACACCAAAUCAAGAGAGCGCUUCCCUGUGGUAGUCACAGAGAGCACAACAGUUCCUGCAGACAGCUAUAUAGAUUACCCUACAGACACCACUGCAUCCCCCACUGCAGCAAAAGACAACUACACACUGGACUAUAAUGAAUGCUACUUCAACUUCUGUGAGUGCUGUCCACCAGAGAAAGGUCCACAAGGUGUCAAAGGAGACCCUGGACUGCCAGGCAUACCUGGUGAAAAGGGAGAACCUGGACCCAAAGGUGUACCUGGCCCAAUAGGGCUGAAUGGAAUUUCAGGAUCUAGAGGAGAUAAAGGAGAGAAAGGUGACCAAGGAAACACUGGAUUCACUGGGUCUCCGGGCAUUCAGGGAAAAGCUGGAAUGAAAGGUGACAUGGGUAUUAAAGGUGAGAAAGGUGCGGCUGGCCUGCCAGGAUUUAAAGGUUCUAAAGGAGAAAAAGGAGACCCAAAUUUCAAUGUGUCAAAGGGUGAGUGGGGCGAGCCAGGUAAAGAUGGGCCGCCGGGACCCCAAGGCCUGACUGGUGAAAAGGGUGAAAAGGGAGACAGAGGAGAGUGCGGUUUGCUGGGUGAGAGGGGUCAGAAAGGAGAGCCAGGUGACCCUGGACCACCAGGUGUGCGUGGAGAUCCUGGCCCAUCUGGACAACACGGUAUGCACGGAAACCCUGGCAUCACUGGAGAACGUGGAGAACCAGGAAUUCCUGGAGUGAAGGGUGAGCCCGGAGGACGUGGCCCACCAGGACCCAAAGGACUGAGAGGUAUCCGGGGAAUUAAGGGUGAGCGCGGCCCCCAAGGUAAACGUGGCGACCGAGGUCUGCGUGGAAUAAAGGGUGCGAUGGGCAACAGUGAGAUGAGACUACGGUCCGCAUUCAGCGUUGGCCUGUAUCCAAGCAAGUCUUUCCCUCCUUCAGGAUUUCCAGUUCGCUUCGACAAGGUAUUCUACAAUGAUGAAAACCAUUAUGAUAUCGCCACCAGUAAAUUCAACUGCACCUACUCAGGAGUUUACGUGUUCUCCUACCAGAUCACAGUGAGGAACAAGCCUUUACGAGCUUCUUUGGUGGUGAAUGGGGUGCGCAAGGUGCGCUCAAGGGACACUCUGCACGGUCAAGACAUUGACCAGGCAUCCAACUUAGUGAUCCUUAAGAUAGUUGCUGGUGACCAGGUAUGGGUGGAGACCCUCAGAGACUGGAAUGGUGUCUACUCCAGCAGUGAAGAUGACAGCACCUUCUCUGGGUUUUUACUCUACCCUGACUAACAUCCUUUCCAUGAAUAAACCAGUGUGAAAUCCAUGCUGAACUUUACAUGACAUGGACAUGGGAGGAAUUCAUUGCUUCAUUGGUUAAAUGUAGUGUUGUUAGAGAGACAAAAGUCCACUGUGUAAACAUGCAUCAGUCAUCUUUGGGUGUCUUUACCAAGAAUCUUGCAAUUCUUUGGAUUUGAUUCUUUAUAGCCAUUCGAUCCCCUGUUGUUAAUCAUGUCAGAUUGGUUAAUUUGAUGUCAUAAUAAAAUAUUAUUA